AUGAAGUUGACAAUCACCGGUCCUGGGGACUCGAUUUGGUCCCAGGAUCUUUCGCCCGAUCUUGACAUCGCAACACUCAAAAUGCUCAGCGCUCUUGACCUCAAUUUAGACUUCAACAACAUGGUUUUUAUUGCAAAUGGACAGCCGCUGCUGGACGAUUCGAUGAAAAUCGAGGCGACAGGACUGAAGGACGGAGACAUGAUUAUGGCAAUGCCGGGAAAUUUUCUCAACAGAGCGAGUCAAACGGAUUUGCGACAGUCGAAUCCAAGAGGGCGGCAACAAGCUCCAGAUUGGAAUGCGAAGGCUCAAGAAGUCCUAGAACAAUUCAGAUCUCAACUCGGCCGCCUUCAAAACUGGCCAGCUCUGCAAGAAGCCGUCCGCGCUGGAAACCUCCAAGAAAUCGCCCGAGUUCUCCGCGAAGACUACGAGAAAAAAGUUGCUCAAGAAGAACGUCUCCGUCGAGCGGAAGCAAAUCCAAUGGAUCCAGAAAACCAACGAAUUCUUGAAGAACACAUCCGACAACAGAACAUCGACGAAAGUCUAAACACAGGGCCGGUUUAUGCUACUUUUCUAAAAGUGCACCCAACUGUGUGUUUUUAUUAA